AUGAAAGGGUAAUUGGAUGAUGAAGAAGAAAAUGAAAAUCUUAUUGAGACUGAAUAGAAAGGGUUGGAUUAUUUUUUAACAAAGGUUAAGGUAGUAAUUUUCAAAGUUUUAUUUGUAUUGGCAAAAGAAGAAAAGGCUGAUGAUUAAAUGAUUUACUUUUACAUUCUGACUUCAUUGGAUUAUGUUUAGAUGCAUUCAUUUCCAUUCAAUAAUAAAAUACUAUAUAUUUGGAAAGCUGAUUCAUUUUUAACCAAUAUUUUAAAUUUUGUAAAUGUGUUUUCUAUAUCAACAUAUGUACCAAAUUUAUCAUAUUUUGCAUUGUUAGUCUCAGUUUAUAUUUGUUUAAGUGCAAUUUUAUUGAUAAUUUUGAAUAUCAUAUACGUUUCAUACUCAUUUUCAUAGAAUAAAUUUAAAUUUAUGUGGCCUGUCUAUGUAUUAAGAUAAGUAGCAUUUUAUUUUGUAACAGUGUUUUUUUUACCUAUUACAGAAACCUUAACUUCAAUACUUCAAUGUUAUAAUGAUCCAAUAACUAAUGAAUAUGUAAUAUAUGGAUAUGAUGAAAUUAAUGUAUAAUGUUGGUAAGGAUGGCAUAUAUUUCAUGCUCUAAUAACAUUAUUAUUUAUGUUAAUAUUUGUAUUAAUAUGUGCAAUUGUGGCUUAUGCAUUUUUUGAACCUGGAAUGACUAGUGGUAAUAGAACAGCAAGAUAAGAUAGUAAUGGAGAAGUAGCAUUUAUAAUAAAUAAAGUUACAUGUUAAGUUUUGUAUUGUUUUUUAGGUAAAAAUGAAUCAUGGAUUUUGGUUUUAACAACAUUCACUUUAUCUGCUUGGUUAUUUAAAGAAUAUAAUUUUGCUGAUCCAAUUUAUGAUUUUGAAGUUGGAAGAUUUUACUCUAUUAUCAGUUCAUACUAUUUUUGGGCUAAUGUUAUGUUGGUUAUAUGUAAAGUUUAGGAAAGUGCUGAAUUUUCAGGAGGAUUAAUUGCUUGGGUUAUUGGUCUUCCAUUUAUUGUAUCUAUAAUGUUGACAACUAAGAAAUCUAAAGUAGACACAUUGGUUAGAGCUUAGAAUAAGUUUUCAAGUGGAGAGGAUGUAUGGAUUCAUAUUAGAUAUGUUCUUUAAUUGAUAUCUUAGGCUGAUAGUGAUAGGAAUUCUUAUAUGCUCUUAAUUGGAUAUAUAGAGAAACAUAAAGAAACAUGUAAAUAGAAUGAUUGUUAUUUUAAACAAAGAAGAAAAACUUAAAAUUCAGAAUAAUUAGAUGAUUUAAAAAGAGGAUUGAUUAUUGAAUUAGAUAAGAUGUUUAGGUUGGGAUUAAGGAAAUUUUGGUCAUCAGCAUCUUUAAGAAUCUUUUAUGCUUUAUUUUUGAUGGAAAGAAGAAAUAAUAAGAAUGAUGCUUAUCUUCAAUUUAAUUUGGUAUCUCUAAAAAGCAAACCUAAAUUUUUCUAGUAAUUCAUUACUUAUAGAUAUAUGUAACUGAAUUAUUAUAAUAUAGGAAGAUUAUUAAAGAUAAAAGUGAUGAUGUUGUGGAUGCAAUUGCAAAUCAAAAUAAUAAAAGUGAAUUGUAUUCUAAAAUGAAAAUGGCAGCAUUAUAUUACAAAACUUUUUGGAAUGAACUUAAAGAAGAUUAACCAAAUCUAGUUAGACUCAUGCAUAUAGGUGCUAUGAUUACAAAAGUAAGUAAUUAAGUAAUGGAAAAACAUUAAGAAAUGAGCAAAAAGAAUUCAUUAGGAUUUGCUGAUCUAAAAACAUUAGCAAACUUUUAUUAUCAAGUAUUUAAUGAUUCAUUUAUGGGUCAAAUACUUAAGAAUCAACAUAAGUUAGCUAAGUAGUAAUUAUAAGUGAAAGUUGAAGAUGAAGAUUUAAUUGAAAAUAAUAUAGAGAAACAUCCAAUACCAUUUCUUUAGGUAUGUGCUAGAAAAUCAGAAAUAGGUAAAAUUAUUAAUCUAAAUUCUUUAUUUACAACAUUUUUUGGAUAUUAAAAAGAGGAAUUGAGAGGCAAAUCAAUUAAUAUUUUAAUGCCUAAAGUAUAUGCUGAAUAGCAUGAUAAUUAUUUAAUAGAAUUCUUUGAUAAUAUGUUAAUUAAUAUGUAAAAUGAUGGAGAUUAUCCAAGAACUUAUAUUGAUUAAGAACAAUUAUAAUUUAUUAAACAUAGAAAUGGUUAUAUAAUACCAUUUAUAUAUAGAGUAAGUUUCAAUAUAGAUUCAUUAUAAUAUUUAGUAUGUUUCAAGAGUGAUCCUACUUUUAAGGGAUAAGCUGUAUUCAUUAUAGACUAAGAAACAACAAUUAUAGAGAUGUCUUCUGGAUCAAUUCAAUAUUUCGAUAUAGAACUUAGACAUAUAAAAUAGAUAGUAAAUUUGAAUACUCUUUUGCCAGAUAUUUUAACUCAAAAUGGGAAAUAAGUAUAAUAUCAUAAAUCUGGUCAGAAUAAUAUUGAUUCUGUUUAUUAUUUCUAAUGUUCAGUUAAGGAAAUAGAGAUCACUUAAAUAAUUAAUGAGAAUCUACUGUUAGAAUUAUAAGCAUCAAAGAAGUUAGUAAAAUCAGGAUAUUGGUUAGUUAAAUUGGAAAAAAUAGAUUUUCCUGAUGUCUAGGGUGGAAGAAAGGCUUCAACAUUUAUUAGUAAUGCUAGAAACUUAUUACCUAAUUAAAGUAGAUAAUCCAUACAGAUUACAUAAAGAUAGUCUAUUUCUAUCACUCAAAAAUUAAUACCUAAUAGAGCCAAUCAAACAGUAUAAUCAUUGGAUACAUUAGCAUUGAGAAUUGAUACUAAUUUUGAAUAUGAUUAGAAUUUAGUAUAGUUUUUGUAAGAUUUAUAUACAGAAUAACGAUAUGAAGAUUAUAAAGAUAUGAUAAAUUAAUAAGAAGAUUAAUAAACAUAAAUUAAAUUAGAUUAUGGUUUGGAAAUUAGAGUGAGAAGAUUAAUUAAUAAUUAAAUUCUUAAUAUAGAUGAAGAAAAAGAAUAAGGAUUUUUGAAAUAAUUGGAAGAAGAAGAAGAGGAGAAUUCUAUAUUUAGAAAUAAUAAUAAUUAGGAUGAAUAUGAUAAUGAUUAGAAAUUAUUAAGUAAUAUGUAAUCAUAAAUAAAAAUAAGAAAUGCAUUAUCUUAAAAUCAUAGACAUAAUAAAAUUACUAAGUUUUGUAUUUAUGCUAAUAUUUGGAUAGAUUUUAUAGUAUUGAUAACUGCAAUGUAAUAUUAUUUUUGUUAAUUAAAUUUUGAAGGUUUUACUUCUGAAAUUAAAGCUAUUUAUUAAAUUAAUAAUGAAAUUAUCAAUUUAAAUCUAUUAAUUUCAAGAACAUUAGAUUUAUGUAUGGAUUAGUAAUUUAAUUUUACUCAAUUGUAAAUUGAUAUAUAAGAAUCAGCAUAAUUAAUUAUUAAUUUUGAUAAUGAUCUUAAUUAGGAAUUUUAUAGAAUUUACUUUGAUUCAGAAACCAUAAAUUUGAGAAUGUAUGAAAAAUCCAAUUAAUAUGAAGAUAUAUAAUUAUCUUUAGAAAGUUCAAUUCUCUUAAUUACAUCAGUAUGUUUAAAUCUAUCUUUAAGUCAAUCUAAUAAUGUAUUUUAAAGUAAUUCAAUUUAAAUUAUCCUUUUUAAUUAUUUCAAUUAGAUACAUGAUCCAUUAAUAAAAAUAUCUUAAAUUUUAUAUUAGGAUGUUAUCUCUUAAGUAUAAUAUCCUGAUUUAAAUUUAUUAAUAUCUUUAUUAGUUUUAUUUAUUGGAACUACAAUUGGUAUGAUUAAAUUUAUAACUUUAAUGUUGGAAAUCAAAAUAGAUAGAGAAAAUGUAAUAUUUUUAUUUCUUGAGAUUCCUUAAAAUGAUGUUUAAAAUUUAUCAAGAAAAGUUGAUAAAUUUUUGAAGUUUUAUAAUGAAGAUUUAAAGAAACUAAAUAAUUUUGAUUAUGAUGAAUCAAGUGAUGAAGAUGAAGAAUAAUAAUUAAUAGAUUUAUAAUAACAUGUAGAUGGUUAAGAUAAGAUGAACUCUAAAGCUAUUGAGGAAGAUAAUUAAUAUUAAUUGUAAUUGAAAAGAAGAAAGAUUAUACAAAAAUAUAGAAAAAGCAAAUUAAAAGGCAAUUAAGGAAUAAUUGUAUAGUAUGAUAAUAAUAUAUUAGAUUUCUAUUAAUUGCUUUGUUAACCUUAGUUUUUGCAGUAUACAAUAUAAUCAGUAGUGCAAAUGAGAAAUCUUAAAUAUAAUUCUUAUUACCUUAAUUUUAUUAAAGUUCAAUUUAAAUUGAAAAUUAUGGUUAUUACAUAAAUCUAUACAAAUUGUCAAGUUUGAAUUCAGAUUUUUAAAUAAAUAAUAUGUCUAUUUUGACUAAGAUUGUUUAAGAUUAAACAAUAUUUACAGGAAAUUAAUUAAGUUUCUAAAAUGUAAAUAUUAAAUUUAUUUUAGUUUGCAAAAGAUUUAUUAAAUCGAUUACCAGAUCUUAGAAACCUAUUUUUCUAAACUUAUUAUGGAGAUAUUUGUUCAAUAAUUAAUAAAAAUAAUGAUACAAAAUGUUAUAAGAUAAUAGAAGGUAAUCUUCAAUUAGGUAUAUAUAAUGUUGAACAAUAUUAUCUACAAUAUUUCAGAAAUGAAAAUCUAGAUGAAAUUGUUUAUAAUGAAGAAAUCUAUGAAAUUGAUUAAUCAUUAUUUUAUUACAUAAAAUAAGCAGUAUCUCAGAUAACAGAUUUUGAAUUAGAUUUUAUGACUAAUUAAAUGUCAACAACUCUAACUAUUUAAUUAAUAUUAGUCAUAAUCUAUAUAUUGAUAUUAGAAUUAGUUGUAUCAGUGAUAUGGUUAUUGUUUUUACAGAAACUAAAUAUUUAAGUAUAAUGAAUCAUAAUUUAUAAUAGAUUAACUUAAAUAUGUAAAUGUUAAAUAUGAUACCAAUGAAAGUAGUAGAGAAUAAUCGUAAAAUUAGAAUGUUUAUUAGAUAAUGUAUUAAAAAGAUGGAAUUGGAAAACACUUGA